CAUGGCAAAUAUUCUUCAAGUUGCCCCCAGGUUGGCAAUGAAAGUAGCACUUGUCACCGGUGGAGCUCAAGGGAUUGGCGAGGUAGCAGCAAAGCUAUUCGUCAUACAUGGAGCGAAGGUUAUGAUUGCAGAUAUCCAAGACGAUUUAGGUCAAGUCGUUUGUAAAGAUAUUGGUCUUGACAAGGCUUCAUUUGUCCACUGUGACGUAACUAUUGAAUCAGAUGUCGAAAAUGCCAUCAACAUGACGCUUGCCAAAUAUGGUAAAUUAGACAUAAUGGUCAAUAAUGCAGCCAUUUUAGAUGAUGGAAAGCCCAAUAUUCUUGAUAAUGAUCAGUCCACUUUCGAACGAGUCAUGAGUGUCAACGUAAUUGGUGUGUUCCUAGGAACCAAACAUGCUGCUCGAGCCAUGAUCCCCGCUCGUAGCGGCAGCAUUAUUAUGAUGGGAAGUGUGUCUGGAAACAUAGGAGGGAUCAUUUCACACGCUUAUUCAAGUUCUAAACACGCGCUUGUGGGGCUCACUAAGAAUGUUGCGGCUGAGCUUGGCCAAUAUGGGAUUCGUGUUAACUGCUUAUCGCCUUACUUCAUCCCUUCGCCUUUGACCACACAUUAUACAAAUGAUCAUCCUGAGAAAUACUCGCAAGUUUAUUCGAACCUCAAAGAUGUCACGCUAAGCAUGGAUGAUGUCGCACAGGCAGCUCUUUUUCUAGCCAGCGACGAGGCCAAGUAUAUGAGCGGGCAUAAUCUCAUACUUGACGGAGGGUUUUCUGUAAUAAAUCCGGCUUUUGGUCUAUUUGCGAGAGCUUCACCUUUGGAGUAAUCAAACGUUAUGUACUUAGACGCGUUCCAUGGUGGUUAAUUUGGUUAAAAGACCUCACAUGUUCUCAGCUUUCUAAUAAAAGUAGCUUAAUUUCACUAUCCCAAAAUAUGUAAUAUUGUA